UUCAGAAAGACGUUAGGAACUAGAUUGUCGAAUUGGAGGAAUAGGAUUUGAUGCAUUAUGGAAGAGAGUUUUCGCCAAAUUCAGCUUGAUGAGAAAAUCGCCAUUGAAUCUAUCUACGGCGAAGACGCUGCAUUUGUGAAGAGCGCUUGGGAGGUGUGGCAGCCCCUUGAUGUUACUGUUCAUUUGGAGCCACAUCAUACUGGAAAAGAAGAAAGCGAUGUUUUUGUUACUGCAGAUCUGCACAUAAAGUGCUCCAAGGCUUAUCCACAGAGGCCACCAACGCUCGAUAUACCGAACUCAAAGGGUCUCAGUAACGUGCAGGUCUCCGAUCUCUGCCACUGCCUCGAGGCCAAAUGUAGGGAGCUUAUAGGAAAUCCUAUGGUCAUGGAACUCUGCGACAUAGUGAGAACUUUUCUGUCUGAAAACAAUAAGCCCCCACAAGGUUCUUUUCAUGACGUUAUGCUGAGAUUGAAGGAGACGCAAGAUUUUUUGUAUGAGAUUGAGAAAGAAAGGAAAGAGGCACGCGCGAAAGAGGCCAUUGUGGAAGAGCGUGAAAGGCAAAAGUUAGAGGCUGAGCUCAGGAACGAACAGGCUGGAUAUAAGGGUGAUGUGAACGUGGAGAAGAGGGAUGAGUCGGGCGCUACCCUCAGAGUCCUUGGUGAUAGAAAAGUCAUAGUGAGGAAGGAGAUUUUGACUAGACCGCGUCAUCCAUAUUGCUCCGAAUACUACGCAACUGAACAGGGUUUUUCGCAGCAGUCUCUUCUCAUCUCAGAAUUCACUAUUCAGUGUUCUGCGCGUAAUAACAGUAAAGCUCCACGAAGUACCAAGGAUAAAAAGUACUGUGUUUUGCUAGAAAAACUUGACGAGAUCGAGAUGCUUGGCCGGACGCUUUCCAUGUCUUCGUUCGAUGAAACACUUGUACCAUAUCAUUUCGUUUAUAUUGAAAAAAUUUCACUUUCGCCGAUAAAUUUUCAUAUCAAAAUUCAUGUCGCUCAGCAAGUGGAAGAGGAAGAAGUAUGCUUCUCGGAAUGCUAUAAAACUGUUCGAAAGAAAGACUUUAUGAGAAAGUUGGCCACUUCGGCGAUAUGCGCGUUGAAAUACUUGCACGACCAAAAGCUUUCUCAUGGAUAUAUCGUACCUCAUUCAGUCUGGUGCUCAAAAUCCACAAUACGUUUUUCUGACGCUUGUUUGAAGAGACCUAUUCUUAAUCUUUGCGAAUAUUUCAAUUACUACAUAGGCGACGAGCCUUAUUAUAAUUAUGACGAUGACAAAGUCAAAAGAAAUCGUGAUUUAAGAGAUCUGGCAUUGUUAUUGGAAGAAGUUAUGGGAAGCAUGAACUUUCUUGAAGUGGAAGACUCUCCUGACCUACUAAGAGAGUUCGCAAAUGCGUGCGCGGGCGCAAAGAACGUCGAAGACUUGAUACAUCACCAAUACUUCAACAACAUUGACGUUGUGCCUGAUCUGUCCGUUGAUUCUCCUCGUGCAGCAGUUCAGCAAAGUGAUACGAGGCUUUCAAAGGAAUUUAUAAUUCAAAGAUGUAUCGGGGCGGGAGCAUUUGGUGAAGUGUACCAAGCAAGAAAUAAACUGGACUGGAGCAAUUAUGCAGUCAAAUGCAUAACAUUGCCUAAUGACCAGUUCUCAAGAACGAUCACUCGAGAGGCGAAAUUUUUCUCAAAAUUGAAUCAUCCGAACAUUGUGCGCUAUUUCAACGCCUGGAUUGAAUCCGUGACAGUAUUGCCCAAGCGAAGCGUCAGUCCUCAGUCACCAGAGAGGGAAGAAUCACCGCCACAUCAGAGGUUUGACAAAGAUGAUUCGAUGCUACCAUCGCGACUACGAAACAUAGAACGUGCGGCUGAAGGACUAGAAAUCGAGGCUAGAGAAUGGACGGCUAGUUGCAAAGGCGAAAUGUUCUCAUCGUCGGAGGAUGAAAGCGAAGAAGACGAAGAAAGUGAGGAAGAUUCACCUCAUUACGGAAACACGGAUGAACAAAAAGAACAAUCGAGCAUUGACGUUUUGUUCGAGAACGAAUUGAACUCUUCUGCCACCACAUCUUCGCUGAACGAAAGUGCCGAUGCAAGCUUUCUCAGCAGUAGUAGUGAUCCAAAAACUCCCACGAAAAUGGCUCCCAGCAACAGAUUCAAGAGUACAGCUUCUGUGCGAGUAUUGUAUAUACAGAUGGAAUAUUGUGGAGGAGGAACGCUGAGGAAGUACAUAGAUAACUCGUGUUUGUUCGGCAAACCAAAUGUGAUCUGGAAACUUUUUGCUGAAAUCCUCUGCGGGUUAGGCUACAUACAUCGCCAGGGCAUGAUCCAUCGAGAUAUUAAGCCUACUAACAUCAUGCUUGAUGAUGAAGGGCAUAUUAAAAUUGGAGAUUUUGGCCUUGCAACCAAAGGGUUGCUAUCAUUGACAUCGGAAACCUCAGCGGGAGCAUUUGCCUCCGGAAGCACCGAUCAAGCGCUUACGAAGGACAUUGGAACUGAAUUGUAUAUGGCACCGGAAUUGAAUAAUCUGGAAGAUCCAGAACCAUAUACCUCGAAAAUAGACGUGUUCAGCACUGGUAUUGUAUUUUUUGAAAUGUGCCACCGCCCGAUGCGGACGAUUAUGGAGAGACAUUCUAUAAUUAACGAACUGAAAAAGCUGCUACUCUUUCCGGAUGAUUUUGGCAAUGGAUUCAGCACGUCACAGGCAAAGCAUGUGCGUGAGCUUAUCCGAAAAAUGCUGAACCCUGAAGCAUCACGGCGACCUACCGUUGAAGAAAUCCUGCGUGACAGUCUUGUGCCUCCAGUUGACUAUGAAGAUAAGCAGUUUAAGGGCGUUUUCAACCAGUCCGUGAAAAGUCGAAACAGGACCUACUAUUGGAUGCUGGAUACACUCACAAAAGAGGAGCAGCCUCCAGCGAGAGCAUUUUGUUUUGACCAAGACAUUUGUACGGAGAAAUUUCUGGGAGCCAAAGACGGUUACAUCGAACGUCUUCGAGAUGAAUUGUCAUCAAUACUAAGAAAGCACGCGUUUGUGCCGUUUUAUACACAUCUCCUUGUGCCAAGGACAUACAACACCGUACAAUCCUGGGAAGCAAUGUAUACCGUACCAGUUGUGAUGCUCGACUCAUUUGGGAACACAGUUAUGCUUCCGAUUGAUCUUCGUCUCAACUUCGUACGAUACUGUGCUAGAAACGCCAUCAACCGUAUGAAGCGGUAUUCUUUCGAAAGGGUGUACACGGCCGGUAGAGAAGGAGAAAGCGUCCAUCCGCUUGAGGCCUGGGAUUGCUCUAUUGAUAGCAUAGGGCUAGAAACUAGUGCCAGCACACUCACGGCUGAUCUGCUUACCCUUGUUACAGAAAUUGCAUCAAAAGUGUUGAGCGAAUACCGAUGCAGUCUAAGAAUCGGUCACAUGAGUCUCAUUAGCGCCGCUAUGAAGCACGUAGGCAUUAAAUCUGACGCGAAGAAAAAAGUCUUGUUAACGAUACAACGCAAUGUUACACCAUAUGGAGCCAACAUGGCAAAAAUCCUGCAAGAAGUAGGCGAACUUGUCGGAGACACGCCUGCCCGGCAGUUGUUUGCUAUGUUGCCGAAGGAAUCAUCGUUAGAUGAAGAAAUUAGGGAAUGUGCCAAAUCAGCUGUAUCAGACUUGCAAAAUGCCAUGGAUCUGCUUAGCCAUGCAGCGAAGCUCGAUACUAUUGACAUAUUCUUCGACGCCUCGGUUGUAUACAACCCGUCGACUUUUUCCGACGGAAUAGUAUUUGUUCUUUCAUGCGCCUUGCCAUGUAGAAAACGUGCUGGAACUAUGGAUAUAACAGUCUUAUUUGGAGGUCGUUAUGAUAGCCUACUUAAAAAUGAGCUUCACCCGCAGGAUAUACGUCCUGCACACUCACUGUGUCUCGUAGGAAUGUCUGUUUGGCUACAUGCUCUAGCUGAAAUCAAGCGAAAAUACUCUAAUGAAAAGCUUAGUAUUUGUGAAGCUCUCGUAUGUUCGUAUUCGCUACCGCUAUUGGCGGAGAAAUUUGAACUAGCAAAACUGCUUCGUAUAUCGGGUGUCAGUACAGACAUAAUUCAUGAAGCUGUCAAUGGAGUUCCGGACAUCCUGGAUCACUGCCUGCGUAGUAAUAUUGAAAAUCUACUAGUUGUCUUUGCCAAGGACGAAGUCUUGUUGAUGAGCAGCGGCGUGGACCAAGGGAAAAUGACGUUUGCCGCUGUAGUGGAGCGUCUCAAGAAGAAAUCUGAUGAAAUCGCACCUGUAAAGAACGAUACUGUAGCACCUGCUACUUUUGCGAACUGUGCCGUUGUGUACGCCAUAUUGGAGCGUCCAGCGGCAAAUACGAAAAAGAAGAUCGAGAACCAGAUUCGUAUUGCACUGGUUAACAAGUUCGCGCAGUUUUCGUCCAGCGAAAAGAUUGUAAUUUUGGUUACUUCAUUGCCAGUCGAAGUGAUCAAAGCCGUGACGUCAUCCUUGAACAGAAGAAUGACUAUUGAAGAGGUUAAUCUCGCAUUCGACGGACUCUCUAGAAGUAGUGGUAAAUCUAAGGAGGACCUAGAGUGUCUCUACGAACACGUGAAGAAAAUAUUCACCUAUGAUCAGAGACCAGCAAUCAUAAUAUAUCGACAUCAAGACGGGUUUUCGCAAGUUCUCGCGUGAUGCAUAGUAUUGGGUAAUGAUGUUGACGAAUUGUUUUUCAGAUUUGUUUUUUUAUUCUCUAUCUUGGUCUUGUUGAUUGUUUGACCAAAAUGUCUAUAUGAUCCUUUCUCGGUGAUUUAUCCCAUCUUUGGCACUUGCACAACGACCAAAUCCUCAAACACUUCCGUGAUUUUUGUGACGGGAAUACCAUGUUAUUAUGACUUUCGUGUACGGAUCUCCUUAUAUCUGGUAAACGAGCUAGUUUGGCGGUGUAAUAUUGUUGUCUCUAGUUUGGCGGUGUAAUAUUGUUGUCUGUUUUGCAUGAUAAAUUCUGU